AUGGGUCGUGGUCUAAGAAAGUCGGCUAACCAGUCUGCCGUCGCCCUCAGUGGUUCAACUGAGGAUGCCGAGCUUCUUCAGGAUUCACGAAUGGAGCUCGACUUCCCCGCCUCCGGCACUGAAGCUGCCGUCGACGGCCAGCCGUUUGCAAUUUUAAGUGUCUCGAUCACACGCCUUCGCCAUUGUGGUGCCCAGCCUCAGUCUGGCACAAACACAUUUGUCUCUACACCUAUCCGUUCUGCUGCGCCAUGA